GCCAAGUGUAGCAGACGACAGUCCGACGACAGUGCGGCGCUGCUGCCUGGCUGCUGCCUCCUCGACGACAUCGACGCCCGCCAGCCCGACCGCCCCACCGCCCGCGCCGGGCCAGCCGUCACCACUGGACCACGAUGACCACGACGACGGCGUGGUGAAGUGCACCAAGUGCAUCGGCCGCACCGCACGUCCCCGUCAGCCGCCAGUGCGCAGCGCGCCGUCAAGCCCCCCGGUGCAUCGGCGAGCAGCCAAAGCAGUGCAGCGAGCACCUCCUCGCCGGCGUGGCGUCCUGGUGCAGCGCAGCGGACGCGGAAAAGGACGAGGAGGAGGAGGAGGAGAAGGAGGAGCAGAUAAUAAGCAUCUCGCCUAAUCGGCUCCCCCGCCAGCCCGGCCGGCCCGCCCUCCCCGCGCGGCAAUACGUCGGCAGACGACGCGCAGACGGGCCCACAAACAGCCUGCAGGAUCCUGAUCACCGCUUGGAGCUCCUUCUUCUUCUGAGGACCAAGACACGCCCAGCUCGCCACCAUGGGGAUGGAACCGUCGAGCCUGGUGGUGGACUACGCGGUGUUCGCCAUUGCCAUCGUGGCGUGCUCGCUGGUGGCCGUCUGGCAGAAGUUCCGCGGCCCCAAGGAGACCACCAAGGCGGACUACGUGUUCGCCACCGGCACCGUCAGCAUGGGCGCCAUGAUGCUCUCCAUCGCCCGCGGCACCCUGGGGGUGCGCUCCUUCCUCGGGUAUCCCUCGGAAUUGUACUAUAGAGGUGCAGCCAUGUGGGAGACGGUGUAUGGCAUGCUGUGCGCCUUCCCUAUCGUCAUCUUCAUCUUCGUGCCCGUCUACUACAACCUGGGCAUCACUUCCGUAUACCAGUACUUGGAUAUGCGAUUCAAAUCAAGAGCGGUGAGGUGCCUCGCAUCUGGAACAUAUGUUAUUAGAUCAGUUCUGAAUCUGGGUGUCACUGUGUUCACCCCUUGCGUGGCUCUCAAGACUGUGAUCGGAUUGCCUUAUUGGGCUUCUAUCGUGAGCAUUACUACUAUUGGAGUUGGAUUUACUAUCAUGGGAGGUCUGAAGGCAGCCAUAACAGCAGAUGUAAUUCAAGGGCUCCUCAUGAUUGGAAUCAGUCUUGCUGUUAUUAUUCAAGGCACAUACAAUGCUGGAGGUAUCGGCCCAGUAGUUGAAAUCAGCAAUGCUAGAGGACGGCUAGACUUUUUCAAUUUCAAUAUGGAUCCCACAAUCCGAGUCACUACUGUGUCUGCAUUCUGGGGCCAGCUUUUCAUGUCAUUGUCAAUUUUUGGAUGCCAGCAAAAUUUUGUUCAACGAUAUGUCAGCAUGAAUUCUCAGUCCAAGGUCACAAAGACCUUGAUGGCCAAUAUUCCCAUUAUUUUGGUCUUGUUCAGUUUGUCCUGGGUUGCGGGAAUGGCAAUUUUCGCAAACUAUGCCGACUGUGAUCCUAUGACACUUGGUUAUACCUCUAAAAUUGAUGAGAUUGUGCCAUUUUUUGUGGAGGACAAUUUCCUCUACAUUCCUGGUGUACUCGGCAUGUUUAUGGCCUGCCUCUUCAAUGGUGCUUUGAACCUUGUUGUUUCAAAUCUGAAUUCACUUGCGACUGUGACCUGGGAAGAUUUCCUUUCCCAAGUACCUCAAUUCAAAAACUUUGAUGACCGACAGCAGCUUUUUGCCAUAAAGACCAUGAGUGCAGUAUAUGGUGUCCUUACUGUUGGAAUUGCGUUUGUUGUGGCCAUGUUCUCCGGUGUCAUUGAAUCCUCCCAACUCAUGACGUCAGCUACCAGUGGUCCAUUGCUGGGCGUGUUCCUUUUGGCAAUGUUGUUCCCCAGUGUCAACUGGAAAGGAGCUGUCGCUGGCAUGCUGUGGAGCCACAUAAUAAUCCUGUGGAUCACCUUUGGAGGCUACAUGAAUGUGGAGAAAAAGACAGAGCUGCUUGACCUCAAUAUUGCUGGCUGUGACAACUCGUCUUUCAACCCUUAUAUUCGCCCUCCCAUUUCUGACAUGCUGUACAAUUAUACUCUUGCAGCAAGCGCUGCUAACUCAACAUUCCUCCCUGAGCUAGAGGAGGUUGCAGUUGAGACAGCACCAAACACGGACUUUUUAACGUCAUUGUACUCUGUAACAUACAUGUACUAUUCACUGUUGGGAAGUGGAAUCACUGUCAUAGUUGGAGUGUUGGUCAGCUACAUUGUUGGCACAACUGAAGAGGACGAAUAUGAUGAGAAACUUAUUCAUCCAUUGGCUCUGAAAUUGAGCAGUUACUUCCCAGGCCCACCAAGGCGGUACAUCAACAGUAAUGCGGCUAACAUGGAAUCUGGCGCAGCUGAUAUUAAAUCUUGUGAACAAAAGAUCAGCACUAUAUCUCAAGGCAGCUUUGACAUUGGCAAAUACAAAAAGACCAACAAUGGCCCAGUUUAAUUGAUGUUUGCAGAAAAAGUGCCUAAAAAACUAAAGUGAUUUAACUGUAUACACAAAAGUGAAAGUGAUAAAGAACAAUUACUUAAGGAGUCAAGUCCUGUACAAGCUCACACAAUGACACUGGAAAAUGUGUACCUAGGUUUGAGCAAGAGAGUGCUAAAAUAUUUAUGAAAAUAGUCACUGAAGUGCCUUUUCCUAUUGUGAAGAGGUGAAACUACAGACUGAAUUAGUACAAUAUAGCAUUAUAGAAAGUAGUGUUAACAUUGUUGUUUGUAAUUCCUUGCUGCAGAUUAUUACUACAGCCAAAGUAUUUUAUGUAUAUGAAUUGCUAUCUUUAACACACAGAAUGAAAUGUUAGAGUAAUGUAUUUUUAAUUGAUGAUUGAUACUGUUAAUAUUCCUUCUUAGAGUUCUUAUGAAGUGUUGCUUUGAUGUCGAGUUUGAAGGGUUUCUAAUAUAUUAUUUAGUACUGAAACAUGUACAUACUAUGUAAUUUAUCAUGUCAUGUGAUCAUAAGAGAGACCACAGCACAGCUAGAGACCUCUUUUAUAACUGGGGGCACAUAGACUUAAUACCAAAGUUUUCUUGCAUAGGCAGUUGAACAUAAAAGACCAUCUGUGGCUAAUUUCGCUCAUUGUUUUAGUGUUACUACUCAAUUUAUUAUUUUUAAUGUGAUACCACAACUUGCACGUUUUGUAUUUAAACCUGUUGUCCAAUGAUUUUAUCCACUGAGAGACUUGUAUUCCUCCAUUAUGAUAAAUAUGGCCCUUACUUACUCCUGGACUGAAAGUGGAAUCGCGGUGUUAUCAAAGACUAUGUAAUGAUAAAAUCCCCCCUUUUCUUUAAAUGCAGGAGCAAGCCUCUGAGUGUAAGGUCCAUUAGAAAAAGAAACUAUUUGAUUGGGUUUUCAAAUAUAGUUGUUUGUAGGGGGGGACUAUCUUGUAACUCAAAAUGGAGGCUACAUUCAUUGAAAAUAUUUGUUAAGAAAUGUGGGACAAUUUUUGUCAGUUAGUGCCAUGGCAAAACUAGCCCCAACAGUUUUUCCUGAUGAAUAUUGAUAUUAUUAGGCAAAGAGCCUGAAAUAGAUCUGAGAUGAUUUGAUCAUCUGGGAAAGAUUAGUUUCAGUGAAACUGAUGAUUGAAUGUUACUAUAUUUUACAAGGCUUUUAUUCAAAUCGGCGUAGUACUUUGGAUAUUGAUUGAUAAAUGCUGAAUGACCUAGAUUGUACCAACUUAAUUUCUUAUUAUGUAAAGAAAUAAAAGUGAUAUUUUAUACGAAA